AUGGCGGAACCCCAACCCGACAUCCAGAGCAUCCUUGCUGCGUUGGGCAAGUUUCCCACCCGCUCCCCCAACGCAUCGCAACCUCCGGCCGGCAUGCCUGGCCAUGGCUACCCCGGGCCGUCGGCACCGCCGGGCUCGUACCAACCUCCUCCUUCUCACCCCCCGGGCGCGGCACCUGCCUAUGGCGGGCCUGGACAUGCUCUUCCCGCACCGGCCGCGAGCGGCAACGUCGACCUGAGCGCCAUCCGACCCGUCACCUCGGGCACCAUGAAUUUUGACGACAUCGUAUCCAAGGCGAGGGCGUACGCGGCCGACAAGGGCGCCACCCAGUACGACCGGCCGCCGACGUACGGUGCCGACGGGAGGAACGCCGACCGCGCCCAUCGACGAUCGAGAUCGCGCUCGCCUCUGCGGGGCAGCUACCGAGACGAGCGACACGGCGGCCAAGGGCGUGAGCGCGGAGGGCGCGAUCGCUCCUACUCGCCACCCCCCCGCGGCAAGCCAUUCUCGCCGCCGCGGGGCGGCGGUCGUGAGAGGUCUCCCUUGCGAGGAGGCGGCGACGACAAUUCGGAGACGAUCCAGAUCGAGUCGAGCCUCGUCGGCCUCAUCAUCGGCCGCCAGGGCGAGAACCUACGGCGCAUCGAGGCCGACACGAACUGCCGCGUCCAGUUCCUGUCGGCCACGGACGGCGGACCUUUCCGGCAGUGCAGGAUCAGCGGCCCCGUCCAGCGGCGGAUGGAGGUCAAGGACGCCAUCAACCGCAUCAUCGACGACAGCGGCAUGAGCGCCCUGAACCACGCGGUCCAGGACAAGUCGCGAGACGGGGGCAGGGGAGGCGCGGCGCAGCUGCGGGAUGGCGAGGACCACAUGCAGAUCAUGGUGCCCGACCGCACCGUCGGCCUGAUCAUCGGUCGCGGUGGCGAGACGAUCCGGGACCUCCAGGAACGAUCCGGCUGCCACAUCAACAUUGUCGGCGAGACGAAGAGCGUCAACGGCCUGCGUCCGGUGAACCUGAUCGGCUCCGUCGAGGCGGCGGCCCGCGCCAAGGACGCCAUCAUGGAGAUUGUCGACAGCGACACGCGCGGCGAGAACCCGGCGGUCAAGACCAAGCCGUCGGGCGGCGGCCGCAUGGACGGCCCGUCGAGAGAUUUCGGCGGCGUCGUCGGCGGCGGCCCGGACAAGACGAACGAUGCCAUGUACGUGCCCUCGGACGCGGUCGGCAUGAUCAUCGGCAAGGGGGGCGAGACGAUUCGUGAGAUGCAAAACUCGACGGGAUGCAAGAUCAACGUGGCCCAGUCGUCGGGCCCCGGCGAGGUGCAGAGGGAGAUUGCGCUCAUCGGCUCGCGCGACAGCAUUGCUCGGGCCAAGAUGGCCAUCGAGGAGAAGGUCGAGGCCGUGCGCCAGAAGAGCGGCGGCGGCGGCGGCGGCGGCGGCCGAGCGCGUGGACAUCAGGAUCUCGAUAGAGCCUCGUAUUCCCAGGCGCCAAGCUCGUCUACUAACCAAGGAACACCGGCGGCAGCGACAGGCGACGCCUCGGACCCGUAUGCCCAGUAUGGAGGGUACCAGAACUACGUCGCGCUCUGGUACCAGUCCCUGAUGUACCAGCAGCAGCAGGGUGCGCAAGGAGCGCCGGGCGGCGGCGCGCCGGCCCCCGGCGGCCCGGGCGCCCAGUGA